AUGGAUGGUGGCGGCGUCAUGAUAGCUGUUUUACGCGACAUACCAUCAGUGCGUAUUAAAGAGUGGAAAAGCUCAUGCGAAGAUCUUUGGUGUCCGAGAUUUUGUUCAACCCCUUUCAAAAUGCUGAAUUUACGAACUGUUUUUUUGGUGGGAGCUGCAUUUAUUGUGACUUGGGCCUUGUGCAUGGCUGAAAGCCAGCCAGUCGCACCAUCAUCAUCUCCAUCUCCAACAGCAGAGCGGGCGGCAGUCCAGGGCAGCUUCUGGCAGGGUUUCCUGGCGGCCCUCUCCGUGGUGAUAGUCUCCGAGCUCGGUGACAAAACGUUCUUCAUCGCGGCCAUAAUGGCGAUGAAGCAUCCCAGGGUGAUCGUGUUCACGGGUGCCAUAUCGGCGCUGGUCUUCAUGACGAUACUGUCCGCCGCCUUCGGCUGGGUGGCGACCGUCAUACCCAGGGUGUACACGCACUACAUCAGCGCCGCGCUGUUCGCGAUCUUCGGUCUGAAGAUGCUGAGGGACGGCUGGAAGAUGGACCCCAACGAGGGCCAAGAGGAGCUGGAGGAGGUCCAGAGCGAGCUGAAGCGGCGGGAGGACCAGGACGAGAAAGAAGAGACCUUAGAUAUGUUAGAGCAGGGCCAAGCAGAGAAUAGGAGGAGGAAACGGAACGCGGUCAUAAAGGUGCUUUUGCAAGCGGCGUCGCUGACUUUCCUAGCGGAGUGGGGCGACAGGUCGCAGUUGGCGACUGUGGUGCUAGCUACCAGGGAAGAUGCCGUUGGAGUGGUAGUGGGGGGAUCAUUGGGCCACGCUCUAUGCACGGGCCUAGCUGUGAUCGGUGGCAGAAUGGUCGCCCAGAAAAUCUCAGUACGGACUGUAACAAUAAUCGGUGGCAUCGUGUUCCUAUUCUUCGCAGUGAGCGCGUUAGUCAUCGGCCCCGGUGAA